AUGAGCCAACAACAAAACCCCCCCUACGGCCGCCGCCUCAUCCUCGACAUCAUCAAGGAGCGUGCCCACAACGAGCCCGACCGGGAAUGGAUGUCCGUUCCUCGUUCGUCCGAUCCCAAGGACGGGUGGAAGAUCGUCACCUACCUCGACGCCUACAACGGUAUCAACCGCAUUGCGCACAAGCUCACGCGGGUCUGCGGUGCUCCCGCGCCCAACUCGUUCCCCACGGUCGCCUACAUCGGUCCCAACGACGUGCGCUACCAUGUCUUCGCUCUAGGCGCCGUCAAGGCCGGCUUCCAGGCCCUCUUCAUUUCUGCCCGUAACUCCGCCGAGGGCCAGCUGUACCUGUUUGAGCAGACGAACUGCAACAUCUUGGUGUUCGACCAGAGCUACAAGGCCAUGGUCCAGCCAUGGCUCCACGAGCGCGAGAUGACGGCGAUUUUGGCGCUUCCCGCUGAUGAGUGGUUCCCCGCCAAUCAGGAGGACUUCCCGUACAACAAGACCUUUGAGGAGGCCGAGUGGGAUCCCCUCCUUUUGCUUCACACUUCUGGAAGUACCGGUUUCCCCAAGCCCAUCGUGGCCAGACAGGGUAUGCUGGCUAUCGCCGACAAGUACCACAACCUCCCUCCCCGUGAGGAUGGCAAGCUCAUGUGGGUUGCGGAGAUGAGCAAGAGGGCCAAGAGGAUCAUGCAUCCUAUGCCCCUCUACCACGCGGCUGGCAUGUACAUCUCCAUGCUCAUGAUGCACUACUACGACACCCCUGGUGCUUUGGGCGUUGGCGACCGUCCUCUCUCUUCCGACCUCGUUCUCGAGUACAUCAAGUACGCCGACAUCGAGGGCAUGACCCUGCCUCCUGCCAUUCUCGAGGAGCUAUCCCAGGACGAGGAGGCCAUCGAGGCCCUCAAGACGCUCAACUUUGUCUCCUUCGGCGGCGGUAACCUCGCUCCCGAGUCCGGUGACCGCCUGGUCGAGAACGGCGUAACGCUCUGCAACAUCAUCUCGGCGACCGAGUUUACUCCCUUCCCCUACUACUGGCAGUAUGACAGAACGCUCUGGCGCUACUUCAACUUUGACACCGAGCUCUUCGGCAUCGACUGGCGCCCCCAUGACGGCGACUCCUCUUACGAGCAGGUGAUCAUCCGCAAGGAGAAGAACCCCGGUCUCCAGGGCUUCUUCUACACCUUCCCCGACCUCAAGGAAUACAGCACCAAGGACUUGUACAAGCCCCAUCCCACGCUCAAAGACUACUGGAUCUACCAGGGUCGCGCCGACAACAUCAUUGUCUUCUCCAACGGCGAGAAGCUCAACCCCAUCACCAUCGAGGAGACGGUUCAGGGUCAUCCCAAGGUCAAGGGCGCUAUUGUCGUCGGCAUGAACCGGUUCCAGCCUGCUCUGAUCAUCGAGCCGGCCGAGCACCCCGAAACUGAAGAGGCCAAGAAGGCUUUGCUGGAUGAGAUCUGGCCCACGGUCGUCCGCGUCAACAAGGAGACCGUUGCCCACGGCCAGAUCGGCCGCCAGUACAUAGGUCUCUCCACCCCCGGCAAGCCGUUCCUGCGUGCGGGUAAGGGCACCAUCCAGCGCCCCGGUACCAUCAGCAUGUACAAGGCCGAGAUCGACAAGAUUUACGAGGACGCCGAGAAGGGAACUGCCACCGGCGAGGUCCCCAAGCUCGACCUCUCCUCUUCCGACGCCUUGAUCCUCUCCAUCGAGAAGCUCUUCGAGACCUCCCUCAACGCUCCCAAGCUUGAGGCCGACACCGAUUUCUUCACCGCUGGCGUUGAUUCCAUGCAGACCAUCACUGCCUCUCGUCUCAUCCGCCAGGGUCUUGCUGCUGCCGGUGUGAACGUCGAUGCCUCUGCCCUCGCCACCCGUGUCAUCUACGGUAACCCUACUCCCAAGCGUCUGGCCGACUACCUCCUCUCUGUCGUUCGCAAGGACAACAAGGACGCCACCCACGGCACCUCAGACGACGAGCACCACGGCAUGGAGGCCCUUGUCGAGAAGUACACCCAGGAUCUCCCCACUCCCAAGCAGAACAAGCCCGCCCCUGCCGACGAGGGCCAGGUUGUCGUCAUCACCGGCACCACUGGCGCCAUCGGUUCCUACAUGAUCGACAUCUGCUCGCACUCCUCCCGCGUCAGCAAGAUCAUCUGCCUCAACCGUUCCGAGGACGGCAAGGCUCGCCAGACUGCCUCCUCCUCCGGCCGCGGCUUGUCCACCGACUUCUCCAAGUGCGAGUUCUACCACGCCGACCUGUCGCGCGCCGAUCUCGGUCUCACCCCUGAGGUCUACGCCAACUUGUUGACCUCGGUCGACCGCGUCAUCCACAACCAGUGGCCAGUCAACUUCAACAUCACCGUCGAGUCCUUCGAGCCUCACAUCCGCGGCUGCCGCAACCUGGUCGACUUCUCCUACAAGGCCGAUAAGAACGUGCCCAUCAUCUUUGUCUCCUCCAUCGCCACCGUCGACCAGUGGCACGACGUCGACCGCACCGUUCCCGAGGCUUCUCUGCACGACUUCUCCAUCUCCGCUGGCGGCUACGGCCAGUCCAAGCUUGUCUCUUCCUUGAUCCUCGAGAAGGCCACCGAGGUCUCUGGCGUUCCCACCGAAGUCGUUCGUGUCGGCCAAGUCUGCGGCCCCUCUUCCGAGAAGGGAUACUGGAACAAGCAGGAAUGGCUUCCCUCCAUCGUCGCCUCUUCUGUGUAUCUCGGUCUCCUCCCCGACUCUCUGGGUCAGAUGACCACGAUCGACUGGACGCCCAUCGAGGGCAUCGCUAACUUGUUGCUCGAAGUCUCCGGCGUCACCGCCACCGUCCCGCUCGACAAGUUGCACGGAUACUUCCACGGCGUCAACCCCGAGCGCACCACGUGGUCUGCGCUUGCGCCCGCCGUCAAGGAGUACUAUGGCGACCGCAUCAAGAAGAUCGUUCCCUUGGAUGAGUGGAUCAAUGCCCUCGAGAAGUCCCAGGAGAAGGCCGAGGAUGUCACUCGAAACCCCGGCAUCAAGCUCAUUGACACCUACCGCGCGUGGUCCGAGUCCGCCAAGAAGGGAACCAAGUUCGUGCCGCUGGAUAUGACCCGCACCAAGAGCUACUCGAAGACGAUGAGGGAUAUGAAGGCUGUUACGCCUGAUCUGAUGAAGAACUGGUGCAGACAGUGGAACUACUAA